UGCCCCCCACGCGAGGCACGAACCCCCUAACUGACUCCAGUGGAGGCGGGCCCAAGCCCGAGGGGGCGGGGCCAAGCGCUGAAAGCUGCCUGGAGUCGCUCCAGCCCGCCCCUGCCCCCUUGGUGCGUGUGGCCCCGCCCCCCGCCGCAACGCAGCCUCCUUGCAUCGCCCCGGUCCACCUCUGCCCUCGCUCCCGCUCCCGCUUCGGCUCCACCCGCCCUUCCCUGCGGACGUGGAGUCGGGCCGCGGCGGGGAAACUGGGAGAAGUUGUCAUGUGAAUACAGGACGUUGGGUGAUUGGCUCGUUCAGUGAAGGGUUCCUGCACAGCCAGUUGUUCAAAGAUGAAGGAAAGCUGGUCUGCAUUUGAUACUUUUGAGCCUCAUUUCAGGCCUUUAGUAGUAAUUGAGCUAGCAAAAGAUACCAAAGAAGAAACCAAAGAAUGGCUCACUCAAAGAAUUGAGGACAAAAAGAAAAAUGGAGGUGCCCAGCUGUUGGUUAAACCAUUGGCAAAAGAAGAUGGAGGAAAAAUAGAUGGAAAUGAAAAUAUCUAUCUUGUUGGAGCCUCUUACUUAAGGCUGCUGCUGGGAGCUGAAACUGUGGGACUGGUUAAAGAGUGUAAUGAUAACUCAAUGAGAACCUUUACAUAUAGCAGUAGGAAAACUUUCAAAGAUUUUGCAGAGGACAAUCACAAUUUCCUUACAAUGUCAGAGUGUCAGUACAUAAUCAAGCAUGAACUUGAAAAUUUGAGAGCCAAAGAUGAAAAAAUGAUCCCUGGUUAUCCUCAGGCAAAGCUAUAUCCAGGAAAAUCAAUUGUGAGAAGAUUGUUGACCAAUGGCAUCCUAAUUCAAUUUUUUCCACUUCAUGAUAAAGAAGAAUUGAAGAAGCUCCGGCACAUUUGGUAUAGCCGAGUCAAAAUUAGUUUUCAGCCAUUAGAUGAAAUACGCUGCUACUUUGGUGAAACAAUUGCUCUCUAUUUUGGUUUCUUAGAGUAUUUCACAUUUGCUUUGGUUCCUAUGGCUCUCAUUGGGAUUCCUUAUUAUGUGUUUGCAUGGGAAGACUAUGAUAAGUACGUGAUGUUUGCCUCAUUCAAUCUGCUUUGGUCUACGGUGAUUCUUGAAGUUUGGAAGCGCUGCUGUGCCAGAAUGACAUAUAGAUGGGGAACACUGUUGAUGAAACGGCAGUUUGAGGAACCAAGGCCAGGAUUCCAUGGGGUCCUGGGUAUCAAUCCUGUCACUGGCAAGGAAGAGCCAGUAUACUCAAGUAUUAAAAGGCAGCUACGAAUUUAUCUGGUGUCUUUGCCAUUUGUGUGCCUUUGCCUCUACCUCUCACUCUAUGUCAUGAUGAUUUACUUUGAUAUGGAACAAUUGGCACUGGAUUAUCAUGAGGAGAAUGAGACUUCCUUUAGCAACUUAAUGCUUUUUGUGCCUAGCAUCAUCUAUGCAGUUGUGAUUGAAAUUAUGAACCGCAUCUAUCGGUACGCUGCUGAAUUCUUAACCUCAUGGGAGAAUCACAGAUUGGAAUCCUCUCAUCAGAAUCAUUUAAUUCUGAAAGUCCUUGUGUUCAACUUCUUAAACUGCUUUGCCUCCCUCUUCUACAUUGCUUUUGUCCUUUUUGAUAUGAAACUUCUGCGACAGAGCUUGGCCACUCUGCUAAUAACAUCACAGAUCCUUAAUCAAUUUGCAGAAGCCCUAUUUCCUUACUGGCUCCAAAAGAGACAUAAUAAGAAGAUAAAGAAAAGGAUGUGUGCCUCAAAAAUGGAUUCUGACCUUUCAUUAUUUGAGCAAAUCAAUAUGGAAAAAGAAAUGGGAACUUAUUUGGGUACCUUUGAUGAUUACUUGGAGUUGUUCUUGCAGUUUGGCUAUGUGAGCCUUUUCUCAUGUGUUUACCCAUUAGCAGCUGUGUUUGCAGUGUUAAACAACAUCACAGAGACUUAUUCCGAUGCCUUAAAAAUGUGCAAAAUCUUCAAACGUCCAUUUUCAGAACCUACAGCAAAUAUUGGUGUCUGGCAGUUGGCUUUUGAAACCAUGAGUGUAAUAUCUGUGGUUACUAAUUGUGCACUGAUUGGAAUGUCUUCGCAAGUAAAUGCCAUUUUCCCAGAGUCAAAAACGGACCUCAUUUUGAUUGUGGUAUUGGUGGAGCAUAUUCUAUUAGCGAUGAAGUUUGUCAUGGCAUUCUUAAUACCUGAUAAACCACGAGAUAUCCAGAUAAAAUUGGCCAGGUUGGAAUUUGAAUCUCUAGAGGCUCUCAAACGACAGCAAAUAAAACUUGCAGCUGAGUCACUGAAGGACGAAACACAUGAAGGAAAGAAAAGGAUUUAAGAAUUAACAUGUGGAUAGAUGCACUUCUACGUUUGUAUGAUGACCUGAUCUAGAAACUCAUGGUAUUUGCACUCCACAACAUAUUACUCAGUGGAUAAUGUCAAUUAUUUGUACUCAGGCAUCACCACUAAACACUUAAAACUAUGAAAAAUCAUUUUCCUCCUUUCCUUUCCUCUUUGCUUUUUUUCCAGAAUGUCAACAGAUGUCUAGUGACACAGGAUAUAGAUCAUCACUCCAGCUUAUGUUAGGUCUCGUUGCAAUGCCUUAAUCAUUUGUGCAGUAUGAAAUAGAUUUUUAGAGUAAGCAUCCUGGACUCUAGUCUUAACUCUGAUCUUGAAUUACAACUCUUUAAAAAAAA